UGUGUGUGUGUGUGUGUAUGUAUGUAUGUAUAUAUGUAUAUAUAUUAAGCAAAUUAGUCUAAAAAUUUCUUACAGACAUUGCCGAAUGUCCAGUUUGGGUUUGAUUAUAACUCAUAACAUAUAAUGGAAAUAAACCAAACCGAAAUAAAUCGGAGCCAAAAAGAGAGAUACGUAAAAUUUUACGAAAACCAAAAAUAUAAAAACAUAUCUCCAUUUUGAAAACUUCGAAAGAUUUUGCAAGCUGAGGUUGUGAUUGAUCAAGAUUUUGAAUAAAUAAUAAUAAUGAACGUAGAAAAAAUUUACGAUCGUGGGAUUAAUGCCAUGAAAAAAUUUCGGAAUAUAUAUUCUGUUUGGCGAGUUUUAUAUUCGUAGAAAAUUAAAAAUAAAAAAGAAAAUAUGAGAAAAAAGCUAUCUGAACUAUAUAUUUAUCAGUUAUUUUGAAAAUGUAAAUAUCUCUUAUGUGAACGUUUGUUUGACCAGUGGAUUCUACACUUUGACUGAAAGAAACUGGGUUAAAAGAAGAAUUUUUGUUUGAAAUUUAUUCUUCCUUGACGAGGUCAGAAUAAGACCGAAAUGUUUGUCCUGCUCCAGCUAGGAAAUGUAAACACUAUUUGUCAUCGACUAAUAUCGUUUAUUGCUUAGUACAUGAGUAUUGCUAAUUAGCUUUUUAAUGUUCUAUAUCUUAAAAUUAUCGACUCUAACUUACUUAAAAGACAAAUGUCAUUUUGGAACCAAAUUCACUUCAGAAUUUCAUGGAUAAAAUUAAGAUUGCAAUGACUGCUAGAAAAUUAUCAACGUAUCCUUCAAGGAUCCUUUCCUUCAACUCUUUUUACAAUCUUUCUUGUCCCCUCCUGCUUUUUCAAUAAUUCCUAUAUGAUUGUUUCCUUUACCUCCUCACUCAAGUUGAGACCACGUGAGAUAUUAAUGUUUUUGUGUUCAAGCGAAACGGCUGGGUUUGACUCACAAUGGACACCAAGUUGGAAUGUUUAACAGCUGAUGACCUCUGGGCAGACACCAGGACGGUGAAAUUUGGCCUGUUGCUUAUUAUCCUACUAUCUGUAAAUUUCCUGGUCAUAGCUGGGAACGUUCUGGUCGUGGUAACAGUUGCUAAGUGCAGGAAACUUCGCAGUGUUACAAACUUAUUUAUUGUAUCACUAGCGUUUGCUGAUCUUUUUCUUGGAAUAGCAAUCCUACCAUUCGCUAUAGUACUGGAAUUGGUACAUGUGUGGAUAUUUGGCAGUACCUGGUGUAGUAUGUGGCUUGCUAUUGAUGUAUGGUUGUCCACAGCUUCAAUUCUAAACUUGAUGGCUAUCAGUCUUGACCGAUAUAUUGCUGUCAUGCACCCCAUUCGCUAUCCUAGUCUCAUGUCACGAAAGCGAGCCAAGAUACUCAUCGCUGGAGUCUGGGUAUUGGCUUUUAUCGUCUGUAUGCCCCCAUUGCUCAACUGGGGAGGAAAUGUAAGUACUUCCAAAACGGUUAAUCGGAACUUUUCAAUGGACGUUUUAAACAACAUUUAUCAACAAAAUAAUAGCCAGCAUUUUGCUAUGCUACCCGAUAACUACGACUAUGAAGGCAGUGGCGGUGGUGAAGCGGAUCAUAUUAACGCUAACUGUACUGAUUUAUCGUAUCUUUCUUGUGUGUUAACAACUUCGAAAGGUUAUCGAAUCUAUUCUUCGAUUGGUUCAUUCUAUUUGCCAAUGUGCGUCAUGGCGUUUUUCUAUAUAAGAAUCUAUAAAACAGCUGUCGAAACAGCCGCUGCCCUGCGGAAAGGAACAUUAACCACGAAAACGGAAGGUGAAAACGCGACAAAUAACAUGUCGAUUACGCUACGUAUUCAUCGUGGCCGCGGCUAUAACAACACGGCAAACUGGAAAGAUAAGAAAAGAAAAGAAACUAAUAAAGAUAUUCACUGCGAUGAUGAUAACAACCCUCAGGCGAAAAAACACAAGCAAAACACGCAACAACCUACAUCGCAUAGAAAAACAAAAAUCAAGAAGAAAAUGGCCGCUGAAAAGACUUGUUCCAAAGGAUAUGUUCAUACUUUUAAGAAAUUUCAGAGCCCAAAAUUUCCGUUGCUGUCACCAAUUAACGUAAAUAUGAGCAGUUCGUUAACACAAGUCUGCAAGAAUCCCUCAGUGGAUACAGCGUCGAUUUCCAGCGGAAGUGACAUAAUUGAAAUGAACCAAACCGCUUACGAACUCAACGAACAAAGCAACAACUCAGAAGAAAAACAAAGACUCGGAUUAUUGACGACCGGUGAUCAAAACCGGAGACGGUCAGCGGGUUUCAAUUUCAAAGUAGUCCGUAAACAUGCUAAAACCAAUCGGAGUAAGUUCAAACGAGAAACUAAAGCUGCCAAGACAUUAGCUAUUAUUGUUGGCGCAUUUAUAUUGUGCUGGCUUCCGUUUUUUACAAUGUAUUUAGUCGAGGCGUUCUGUAUAGACUGUAUACCGCCGCUUAUGUUCUCAAUUUUUAUUUGGCUGGGUUAUUGUAACUCUGCCUUAAAUCCUUGUAUCUACGCCAUGUUUUCACGUGACUUCCGGUACGCAUUUAAAAUGUUGCUGACAUGCAGGAAGUACACGUUUCAAAAUGCUAAAGAAAAUACCAGUCAUAUUCAGCGAAAUACACAAAUUCAUUCGGUUCUCAGAGAGAGUGACAGCCUAUCGGAAUUUUAAGGCUGGCUUUUUCACUCACUCUCUUUCUAUUUCUCUCUCUCUCUCUCUCUCUCUCUAUCUAUCUAUCUAUCUAUCUAUCUAUCUCUCUAUCUCU